UCAGUGUCGGUUCGGGUUCUGCUACGUUGGUUCGGGUUCUGCUCCAGAGAAAUGCCUCGCAGCGUCAAGCAGCUUCUGGCUGAAACCCUGGAGGACCUGAGCAAAGACAACCUGGACAAGUUCAUCUUCCAGCUGCUGGACCGCAGAGAGGAGCCGCGGGUCAGACGCUGCAGGGUGGAGGGCAAGAGCCGCCUGGAGGUCGUGGAUGUUCUGGUCUCCACCUUCACGGAGGACCAGGCUGUGGACGUCACCGUGGAGAUCCUGAGGAGCAUCAGCUGCAAGCAGCAGGCGGAGAGACUCAUCCAGGAGAAACAAAGCGGAUGACGGCGGCUGCUUUUACGGAGCUGCAGAUGAUGGAGGUGAAACCAACGUUUCUGCAGAAACCAGAGGAAGUUCAGCUGCAGAAUCAUUAAAAUCAUAAAGUGCAAUGAAUUUACUUUUUAUGAUGUUUUCCUCCAACUUCUGGAGAUAAAUAAAUGUUUUCAUCUGGAAUAAUG